AUGAAGGUUCUCAUUGUCGGCGGCACGGGGUAUCUCGGCCAGUUCCUCGUCAAAGCGUUUCUGGAGGCGGGAAACACGGAGGCUGGUGGUUGCUCCACGUGCGAUGACGUGGCACUGACGUAUUGUUCAACCCCGCCAACUGCGGAGCAGGUGGCCGCGCUCGGCGGGCCGCGCGCGUUCCGCGUGGAUCUGGCGAGCGGCGACGGACUCGCGGCGUGCAUUGCGGAAUUCGGACUGCCGGACGUGGUGGUCAACUGUGCAGCCGUGUCCGUGCCAAGGCAGUGCGAGAGCGACCCUGCCCUGGCCAUGCGGAUCAACGUACCCUCCGCGCUCAUUGCUGCUCUGUCCGACGCCGCUGGGAGCAGUGCAGCAGGCAAUAAGAAUGGCGAUGGGAGUGGGAAUAAGGAGGAGGGAGAGGAGGGGUUGGAGAGGGAUAGGGAGCAGCAGCGCCUGCAGCUGCUGAUUCACCUCUCCACGGACCAAGUCUACGAGGGCACCAAGUCGUUUUACAAGGAGGAUGAUCCACUGCUGCCAGUGAACACGUACGGGAGGAGCAAGGUGGCAGGGGAGCAGGCCGUGCGCGAGCAGUGGCGGGGCAGCCACGCCAUUCUGCGCAGCAGCAUUAUCGUGGGUCCACCCCCACCCGUGCCUCUGAAAAAGACCCUGCCGCUGCAGUGGAUGGAUGGAGCACUGCACUCUGCGUUGGCAUCGGGCCAACCAGAGUCCUUUUUUGACGACGAGUACCGCUGCCCCGUCUACGUGCACGACUACCCCCGCAUUGUCCGGGCACUCAUGCAUCGACACGCCCAAGGCGAGCGCAUGGCCCUGACGUUGAACGUGGGAGGGCCGGACCGCCUGUCCAGAGCAGACAUGGCCGCAGUGGUGGCCCGGGUCAGGGGGUACCUCCUCCCUGCCUCCACCCCCACUGCUUCUGCUGGUGAUAAUGGUGCCGAUGCUGAUGAUUCUUCUUCUGCUUCUGCUACUGGUACUGUUGGUUCUGCUGGUGCUGCUGGUACGGCCGCCAGUGGCAGUGGUGGUGGUGGUGCUAGGACGUGUGUGAGCAGGGAGGGCGAUCUCAUCACCAGAGUACCUGCGGCCUCCAUGGCGAACCGAGGAGUGGCGAGUCCAGCAGACAUCUCAAUGGAGACACAGCGCAUUCAGCGAGAGCUCUCGCUCUCCCUCUCUCCCUUUGAACAAGCUGUGCGGCUCACCUUCGCUGCUGCACAGUGA